AUGUUAGAGGCUUUUGAGAUUUUGACCACUUCAGGGGUGGUCCUUUGGUCCAAGUCGUAUGCUCCAGUGGGCGCACAUGUCAUUAACAGCCUGAUCAACGACGUCUUUAUCGAGGAGAAGGUUGUACCGCAAAAUACCACAGCCGGUGGCAUCUCACCGGCAUUCAAGAAGGAGAAAUAUACAUUGAAGUGGAAGAGAGUGAAGGAAUUCGAUUUGAUCUUCGUGGCCGUCUAUCAAUCACUGCUUCACCUCGGCUGGAUCGAUAAACUUCUCGAGAAUAUCUCGACCAUCUUCAUCGAUCUCUACAAAGACCAAGUGAAAGGAAACCGCGUCAGAAUCCUGACCUAUCGAUUCGACCCAUACUUUGAUCAGCAAGUCCGAGAGCUGGAAGAUAACACAGGGUUCGUAGGUGAACAUGUUCUAGAGGCAAGCGAAAAGAAAGACCCGCUUGUUUCAUCGGACAACGGAGGACCUCCGCCACCACCAGUCCCCGGCCUGGUGAAAGCGCAGCCUAGAGCUGCGCACGCCGGGGCGACCUCUGACGAGGGUACGCCACCAGCCACACCAGAAAUUUCUAGAUCUUCGACCCCCCAGGGUCAUCUGCUCACUGCCAAGGCCGGACCUGGAGGUCGAGUAUCCCGACGAGCGCGCAAGGCUGCGAAUGCAAGCCCGCACGCUUCGUCUGGCGAUGAAAACGCCAGAAAAGGAAAGCCCGCCAAGAACACUGCCAAGAAGAUGCGCAAGUGGGAUGCUAGCGGGAUGGCAGAUGAGGAUGAUGGGGAGAUCCUCGAUUAUUCUGCUCCCGCGGAGGAAGGAGAGGUUGCCGCUCCAGCGGUGGAAGCUGUCUCCGCAGAUGAUUGGGGUCGACGAACGGGCAAGGGCCAGUUUGUGUUGAAGGAGUUGGGUGAGGAAGUCCAUUCGAUUUUGGAACAGGCAGAUGCAGAGAAGUCCAAAGGGGCUGCUUCAUCUGGUGUUGUUGGCACUGGGUUCAAUGCGAUUGGCGGCUUCUUCCGUAACAUUGUUGGCGGAAAGGUAUUGACGGAGUCCGAUCUUGACAAGCCUCUGAAGGCAAUGGAAGAGCAUCUUCUGAAGAAGAACGUUGCGCGUGAAGCCGCCGUCCGCCUUUGCGAAGGAGUGCAGCGUGAAAUGGUCGGCAAGAAGACAGGUAACUUCCAAAGUAUCGAUGCGGCAUUGCGCGUGGCGAUGGAAUCAUCACUGCGCAAGAUCCUGACGCCUACUUCUUCCCUGGACCUGCUGCGCGAGAUAAACGCCGUGGUCGCCCCCACCACCAAAGCGCAAGCGCCUCGGCCUUAUGUGAUGUCCAUUGUUGGCGUCAACGGUGUUGGCAAGUCGACCAACCUGAGCAAGAUCUGCUACUUCCUCCUGCAGAACAAGUACCGUGUCCUCAUCGCAGCGUGCGAUACCUUUCGUUCCGGAGCCGUGGAGCAACUCCGCGUGCACGCAGACCGCUUGAAGGAACUGAGUUCUCGUGAGAAUGCCGGUGACGUGGAAAUCUACCAGAAAGGCUACGGCAAGGACGCAGCGAACGUCGCUAAGGAUGCUGUGGACUACGCGGCUGCCAAUAAGUUCGAUGUUGUCUUGAUCGAUACUGCCGGCCGCCGACACAACGACCAGCGACUGAUGUCUUCACUGGAGAAGUUCGCCAAAUUCGCUAACCCGGAUAAGAUAUUCAUGGUUGGUGAGGCGCUGGUCGGCACAGAUAGUGUGAUGCAGGCCCGCAACUUCAACCAGGCCUUUGGUCAGGGCCGGAACUUGGAUGGAUUCAUUAUUAGCAAAUGUGACACUGUUGGCGACAUGGUUGGAACACUGGUUAGCAUGGUCCACGCUACUGGUAUUCCUAUUGUGUUCUUGGGUGUUGGACAACACUACGGAGACCUGCGGGGACUAAGUGUUCCCUGGGCUGUUAGUCUGUUGAUGAAGUGA